GCAAAAACAGAAAACAACAUAGACACACACGCUUUCAAGGGAGACUUGUCGUCGUGAGCAUUCGAGAACCGUGGAUUGAGCCAGCAUAUCGCAUUGGACUCUUAUUGACACUUCACUGGUGCAGACUAUAUCCACAUACUGCUACGCUAGAGACGUCUUGCGUUUCUUCAUUCUGGAAUCAACCCCCUUGGACAUAUCAUUAUUCUCAGGACUCAAAGAACUGCGGUAUGCAGAGUCAUCAAACACGGCUUGAAAACGAUUCAAGCCAGCCCAUAAUAAUACCAGGCCAUGAGGUUCUCAUCAACAGCGGUGGACAUAACGUCGCAGCAGCUAACAGCAGCACGGUGUUUGUCUCUGAUUCGUACCAGACUGCCCAGUCCAUGGAGUACCCGUUCUCAUCAUCAGUCAACUCAACGAGUUCACAGCAGAUGGCGAAUUCAUAUGGCCAUCAUCAGUUUAUGACGGGCAGCAGCUUGCGAAACCAGACACCGUUCAAUGCUUCACCUAAUGUAACUUACUCACCAAGGGCGGAUCCGCCUUCGAUGACACAGCACAGGCCUUCGUUCACCAGCUCAAACUCGCGUCCCAGCUUGCUCACUACAAAGCUGUCGUCACAAGCCAGUGUAACGCAAUUACCGCCAGUGUCUCAGCAACAGUAUGAACAACAGCAGCAGCAAUCUGGGAAUUCCUUCAGAGCCUCUUUCAGAGACACUCCCUCGUCUUUUCAGACAUUCCAGUCAUCAUUGCCACAGCGUUCCGCCAACAUCAACAUUGAGCACCCAUCAACUUCUGCUCACUUUAAUCAAUCCACAGGGGCGGCAAGUUCGUUCACUCCAUUCCAUAACACCCCAAGUGUCGUGUCAACCUCGUACUCAUCGGCGUCCAAUUCUGUGCCGACACACUUCACCCAACCAUCCUCGUUCUCGUUUAACCAGAGGCCCCAACUGGGAACAAGCACAACAGCCCUACACAAUGAACAUCACACGGACAGAACACCAGCGCGCUCUGUAUCUUCACAAACCACGCGUGGGUUUGAUACCUCAGAAACGCCUAGGGCCCCGCAGGUGGAGAGAUUUCCAAGGGACAUUGAUGUUGAUACUGAAGAUCAACAGUCAUUACAGUACGCGGAGCCUCUUAUCUCAUCAACGCUCUCAGAAUCAUCAUUUGUGGAGCAUCUGGACAUUGUGAAUCACCCGACAGGCGACUUACUCCUCAUGCUGGCGGCGUUAUUGCAAAAGAUCAUUGAGGCUAAUGAUACACUUCAUCCUCAUCACUACCACCAUGCUUCUCAGAUGCACCCUACAAACAAGUAUACAGGCAAUGUGCUCGCGUUUCACGGGAGAAAUGUCCCAGCUAUUAGCAUCCACGCCUACUUGACAAGGAUUUUGAAGUAUUGUCCGGUCACCAACGAAGUGUUUUUAACAUUAUUGGUUUAUUUCGACAGGAUUGCCAAAAGGGCAAACGCUGGUGAUUCAGAAGACGUUCAAGUAGAAGGUAGAGAGGAACAACUCUUUGUGAUGGAUAGUUAUAACAUCCAUCGGUUGAUCAUCGCUGGAAUAACCGUGGCUUCCAAGUUUUUCAGUGAUAUUUUCUACAAGAACUCAAGAUAUGCUCGAGUUGGAGGAUUACCAUUGGAUGAGCUGAACCACCUUGAGCUUCAGUUCCUUUUGUUGACAGAUUUCAGAUUGUUGAUCCCUAUCGAAGAGCUACAGAAAUAUGCGGAUUUGUUGUUGAAGUUUUGGAACCGUGAACAGUCUAAGAAGGAGUCAUCAGACGAGAAGCAGCAGCAGCAGCAGCAGCAGCAACAGCAGCAGCAACAACAACAACAACAACAACAGGCCUAAUACGAUCAGAACACUAUCUUUGACCAUGCUGGCAUGUCAUUUCUGUGCAACUCGGUUUAGAAUGAGCAGUGAGUUUAAUCAACCAACCCAAUGCGUCCCGGUGUGUGUGUAACAACGUGAUGAGAUCCGUCACUCCUCCUCAAUACCCUCAUAGAAUGCACAGUAACAAGGCUUUUAUUUACACACCAUAGCACGUUUAAAGGAACCUCUCUUUUAUUAAAGAUAAAAAC